AUGUCAUUAGAAGUUGAGAAUUUGACAGAAAAACAAGAAGCUAAGUCGGAGCUUCCAUCAACAUCAGGUGGCAGUAGAAGCCAGCAAAUGAGAUUGCCUAUUCCCAACCUAGCUCGUAUUUCUGACCAAUUUGGCAUUUUGGACCGUUCUGCAGCAGCGCUUGCAUCUGCUGUAUUAGAGUAUUUGCGACUUAAUUCGAAAAAAACAUCGUCAGUUAUUGACCAAAGUAAGGUGCGAAGACCUCAUCAAAAAUACCGUUUUGAUUUAAAAAGCGAAUUCCAAAUAUCCACUCCAGAGAUUAGAGCAUUAUACUUCGAUGGAAGAAAGGAUAAAACGAUGUGCCAGGAAAGAAUUUAG